CUCUCACACGGCAGCCAGUUACAAAUGACAACGAUCCACUGCAUAGGCCUAAGCAUCCCUUUCCAGAAACCGGGUGCCGUGUCACGGCUCUAGGUUGUAUUUAGGCAUUUGGGGAGGUUUGGUGACGCAUGGCGUGGUCUGAGGGCGGGUUUGUCGCAGGAUGGAAAAUGGAUGGGCAAAUGAGUUUGCACUUUACGGCCUUGUUUUCUCUUUUCCUCGAGCUUAAUUCCCUUCGUCUCCUUCUGAUCCUAUCUGGUGGUUUAUUAUCCGCACGCCGUCCUUGUUUUUCUUCCUUCUGAACUUAUUGACUGAGUUCGUACGCUCGCUCCCUGACAACCACUGUCCUACGACCGAUUUUUGCUCCAGGAAAUCAAAACAUUUACGAAGAAGCGCUUUUAAGAAAUAUGGCUAUCAACUGGGUUCUUCCAGUCCGCGGGCUGCAGAUGGUGUUGUCCAUCGUGGUACUAGGUCUAAUGGCAUAUGUCGCAACAUGGUGGAACAACCACUGGCGCCAACUCUCCCCCUCUGAAGUUAACUGGAUGAUCUUCUCGCCUGUAUGGACGCUCUUCGCCGUCUGCGCACUCAUCAUCGUCCCGUGGAAAAUGCCCCACAUUGCCAACUCCAAUGUUCCCAAGCUCGGGCUUCUCGGCCUUGAGUUCUUGACUAUGACUUUUUGGUUUGGCGGCUUUAUCGCUCUGGCUGUGUUCCUGAGCGACCGCAUUUGCUUCGGUACUGUUUGCUCAGUUGCUAAGGCUGGUACUGCUAUUUCGGCAUUCCAGUGGGCUGCUUUUGCUGCUACGACAGUGCUUUCGGCGCUCAGGACGUUUAAGAGGGGUGGAAGUUCGAUGGGUGGAAGUGUGGAGCCUAAGGUCGAGAUGCAUCAGGGAGUAUAAAAGAUUGCGGUGGACUCGAACGAGAGGGCAAGAAUUGCGGAUGAACCUUGGGUGGUAACGAAUUGAGUUCAAUUACCCCGACCAUGAAUCACGGAUGAUAUCAGCAAGCGAAGCGAUGGACGAAAUGUUAUUGUAGCAAUCAUCAAGACUGGUGCUGUGAUUGCGGCGGAAGAAGCUAUUCACCCACACGAUACCUUACUAUCUAAAUCACUAUUUUGGAUCUACUGCAGCGCAAGUAGGGGUGCUUUUCUUGUUCAUUUUUGC